AUGACACAAAAUAUUAAAAAGGCACAAUCGCUUGGUUUGAAUGAUAAAUUUGAUCAACAUGGCAAUACGACUAAAGGCUUGGUUUCAAACAAUUCGUGUGUAACAGAUGAAACAACUCCAGCGCAAUUGUUCGAUAAAGUUUGGAAGGAAAACAUAUACAAAGGUUUCAGUCAUCGAACGCCUGGUGAAAGCAAAACGCCUUUCUUGGACACUUUUAUUGAACAAUUACCAACAGAUGGUUGUCGUGUUGUCGAACUCGGUGCUGGUUCGUAUGAUCAUGCCUUUCGCAUGGCCAAGGAAGAUAUCAUCAUUGAACAUGUGACUGCUGUCGAAUAUAGUGAAACGGCAGUUGAAUCAGCUCGUCAACGAUCGGUUGCACUAGAUGCUGGUGUUCAAUCUCGACUUAGUAUUGAAUGCAAUGACUUGUUCACAUUCAUGAACAAGCUCGAAGCUGAUUCUAUCCAUGGUAUAUAUGCCAAUUCUGUUCUCCAUUUUCUUACACCACAAGAACGUGAAGAUGUCUAUCGAAAAGCAUACAAAGCACUGAUUGCUGGUGGUAUUGUUGCUGUCUCAUUCAAGAUGAGAGGUGAUGCAUUACAUAAACGUGGUACCUUAGUCGAAGAAACGGCAGCUGGUGCUCUUGUUCGCGACAAUACGGAUAAUAUUUGUCGUUUAUUUGUUUCACCAACAGGUAUCGAUGUCUUAGCAGAUGAAUUGCGAUCGGCUGGAUUUCAUAUAAUCACAAUCAUUCAAUGGGCUGUUCCAAAUUACAACAUCGAUGGCGACGAUGGUAAAUUUGUUGGUCUUGUUGCUGCUCGUUGA